UCUGCGUCAUCAUCAGGUGAUGUAUACAGCGCCAGAGCUGGAAGAACCCUAGUCAUUUAUUUAUUAACAAAAUAAUUUAUGUUUAAAGGGCUGUCUUAAAACAAUGGCUCAAAAAAUCAACGAAGCUAAUGAGCACAUUGCCAAGGCUGAAAAAUAUUUGAAGACGAGUUUUAUGAAGUGGAAGCCUGAUUAUGAUAGUGCUGCAUCAGAAUAUGCCAAAGCAGCUGUUGCCUUUAAAAACGCCAGACAGCUUGAACUGGCGAAAGAUGCGUAUUUACAGGAGGCUGAGGCACACACCAAUAACAGAUCCCUUUUUCAUGCUGCCAAGGCACUCGAGCAAGCAGGCAUGACACUGAAGGAUAUGCAGAAGAUCCCUGAAGCAGUGCAGUAUAUAGAGAAAGCCAGCAUAAUGUAUGUGGAAAACGGCACACCAGACACUGCAGCCAUGGCUCUUGACAGAGCAGGAAAGUUGAUAGAGCCUUUGGAUUCAUCUAAAGCUGUGAACCUGUACCAGCAAGCUGCUUCUGUGUUUGAGAAUGAGGAACGAUUACGGCAAGCAGUGGAGCUCAUUGGCAAAGCUUCAAGACUUCUUGUAAAACAUCAAAAGUACGACGAAGCGGCAAAGUCGAUUCAGAAAGAGAAGAACAUGUACAAAGAAAUAGAAAAUUAUCCAACUUGUUAUAAGAAAACCAUCGCACAAGUGCUGGUGCAUCUUCACCGAGCAGAUUACGUGGCGGCAGAUAAGUGUGUGCGAGAAAGCUACAGUAUCCCAGGAUUCAGUGGGAGUGAAGACUGUCUUGCGAUGGAGCAACUUCUGCAGGGUUUUGAUCAGCAAGAUGAAGAUCAGGUGUCUCGUGUGUGUAAUUCACCCCUGCUGAAGUACAUGGACAAUGAUUAUGCAAAGCUGGCCAUCAGUCUAAAAGUGCCUGGAGGAGGGAAGAAGAAAUCAGUCGCUGUUGCCGGUGGAGACACGGAGGUGAACGCCGGAGACGCUCAGCCAGAGGAAGAAGAUGAGUAUGCUGGUGGGCUCUGUUAAACAUCUGAUCCCGAACGGAGCUCAUUCUCUGCUAAAGAACGGCAGAUUCUGAAGUUUAGAGCAGCUCAGACACUUGCUUCUAAAACAUACUCCAUCUAUUGCCUGACUCCUUCAUGGAGGUACACGCAUGAAUCUGUUAAUGCUGGUGAUCCUAAAUUAUUAUAUUCCUGGACUGGGGCUGUUUGUGUUCAAGAUGUUUUCAGAAUCAUUUAUGAGGAAAAUGUCAGCUGGAAAUAUUGAAAAGAUCUACACUAUCCAUACAGAGGCCUUUAUGCAAUACUUUGUGCAGGGUUGUACUUUAUCCACUUUGCAACAUGCCUAUUUUGGUUAACAUUCGGUCGACUUCAUAUUAACAUUAUUGAGAGUUUACAGGCAUUCCUGAUUUUAAGAUUGUUGCAUAUUAAUACAUGUCAUACUGUUAUCACACACUGUAUAAACUAGUGUUGAACUUUAUAUGGUUUAACAAGGUUUUUGUGUUUCAAACAAAUUAUUAUUUUUGUUACAUGUUAGCUUACUGGAGAAUCAUCAUUUUAAAUGAUAUGAGGAACAGCAUUUCUUUCUACAUGCUGGAGAUUGAAUAGCAGUGCCUGCACUAACCUUAAAAAUGGGAAUGCGUUUACAAAGUCCUUUUAACUAUUGAUUAAAAAUACUAUAACUCUUAUAAUAGCGGAUUUGUUUCGAAUCUAAACACCAACCUUUGUUUAGGGGAAUGGCAUCAGAAACUAAGCAGGACGCCUCGCAUAAAUGCAUGAACUGCCUUAAUAUUGUCUGUAUAUAAGAGACCUUAGACCUUAACGUAGAUCAUAAUGUUAUUUUAUUUGAAUUCAAAUUGGAGGGAACAAUUUCUCUAUUGGACACAGAAUCAUGAAUUGUUAUUGCAUGGGCUGAAGAUAUAAAUAAAUUAAUAAAACAUGA